GGGGCUUCUAAACGACUAAAAAUGUCAAUCUGAGAAAGGGAGUCCCAAUAAUCUAAAGCAAUCUGUAAGGACCUGACCUUAGUCCAUCCAGAUCAAUAGGGAAGUGAGGGUGGAAAGAAGAAGAGGAGGAAGAAAUAAGGGGCGCAACCGGAUCGUUUACACUGGCUGUUCCCGAGGAAAUAUAGACUUCCCUUGCUUGCACCUUUUGUUGCUCACAUGCUCACACUGUAAAAGUGGAUAUCGAGGCAAUUCCAUUGCUUUGUGUGAUUGCAGCAGACCUUUUUCCCUUUUCCUACCACCAUGUCUUUCCCUCAGCUGGGAUAUCAGUACAUCCGACCGAUAUACCCGCCGGAGCGCCAGGGGAUCGCCAACAAUGCCCGAGCCGGGACAGAGCUCAGUCCGUCCGGGGCACUUUCCAACGUCCUCUCGACUAUGUAUGGAUCUCCUUUCGCCGCAGCAGCGCAAGGCUAUGGAGCGUUUCUCCCCUACACAAACGAUAUAUCAAUUUUCAAUCAGUUGGGUGCUCAGUAUGAACUGAAAGACAGUCCCGGUGUCCAGCACCCCGGGUUUGCUCACCAUCACCCUGCCUUUUACCCAUAUGGCCAAUAUCAAUUCGGUGACCCAUCCAGACCCAAAAACGCCACCAGGGAGAGCACCAGCACCCUGAAGGCCUGGCUGAGUGAGCACCGCAAGAACCCCUACCCAACCAAGGGUGAGAAGAUCAUGCUGGCCAUUAUCACCAAAAUGACCCUCACCCAGGUGUCCACCUGGUUUGCCAACGCCCGGAGGAGGCUAAAGAAGGAGAACAAGAUGACCUGGACCCCCCGGAACCGCACGGACGAAGAAGGAAAUGUUUACACCAGCGAUCACGAAGGGGGGGAGGGGGACAAGAGAGAGGAUGAGGAGGAGAUCGACUUGGAGAACAUCGACACGGAAAAUAUUGAGAACAAGGACGACUUGGACGACCAGGACGACCUGCAUUCAGAUAUUAAACUCGACGGGAGGAGUGACUCUGAGAUUUCUGACGGCUAUGAGGAUUUACAAGGGCCCGACCAGAGGUUUCUAAAGGCUGUGGGGAAGGAGGGCAAAGACGUACAGAGAGGAGCAGAGCAUUUCCACAAUCACCGUCACCACUCUUUGGACAUGAAAACGUCCCAGCCAAACGGGGAACAGCUCAAACUGAACUCUGUAUCCGUGAGCUCACCGCCCUCAGAAAACAACCCCGUCCCAGCCCAAAAACCAAAAAUCUGGUCUUUGGCAGAGACAGCUACGGCCCCAGACAAUCCACGUAAAUCGCCGCAAAUGAACGGCAGCAACUCCGCAGGGCCGGCCGCUCAGACCAUAAUCGCUCCUCACAGACUUAUCUCUUCUUGUCCGGUUGGGAAAAUCCAGAACUGGACGAACCGAGCCUUUUCGGCCCACCAGCUGGCUUUACUGAACUCAAAUCAUUAUCUGGGACUGGCGAACCAGGCCACUGCCACCGGCCUGGCCCUCUACAGCAGCAGGCAAACGGAGGACAAGAGUCAUAGUUCAGAGACUUCAGUCACAGGUACAUGUCCUCGUCACUGAGACGCGCAUGUAUAAAUAACUACAAAACAAAGACACUAGUUAAUUUCAUUUAUUUUAUUUUAGACCUUCUUUUGCCUUCUUUGCCUGUUCAUGGAUAUUUUUUCUGCCUAGGCCACGCAGAUAACCAGUGUUAAUGUUACAGCAGAAUACAGUGUGUGCGAUGUGUGCCUGUGUGUGUGUAACAGCUUGUCCGGGAGGGCUAAGAAAAAACCUCAUCAGGAAGUGUUUAAGGAAAAAAAAAAAAACAUUGAAAUUGGCGAAAACUCUUCUUAACUAGAGGCCCCCUUUAUUUCUUGAGUUGCUGUUACGUCGUCUACUUUAUUUUGAGGUCCAUGCUCCUGUAUUAUGGUUUACAUUAAGUCCUCAACCCAUUAAAUCACGUCGUUUUAACAUUAUAUUCCCAUAAACCCAGGAUGAGCUCUGAUCAAAGGAAGUUCAAUUAACGCAUUUUGAUUUUCUUUGCUGCAGCUUCAGAGAGAUCUAGUGCCUUGGAUGCAGAGAAAAAGCUGUUUUUAACAGCUUUCCACGCGGUUCAAAGAUAACGAGGCUGUCAGUUAAUGACAUUUGGGAAUUUUCAUUUAAUGCAAUAUCACAUUUUAGUUUAAAAUGCCACAUUUACCCAAAUUAGCUUUGUUUCAUUUUUUUCAUGCGUCUGUGUGCGCUUGGGUUAUUUCUUCAAGGCCUAUGCUACACUAACUUGUUCAGUCAUGCAAAUGAGCUCAAUGCAAAUUCACUCCAGGUUCGUUUUUGAAAGGCAAUUGUCACUUUUAUAUCACUUUAUGUUUUCACUCUUCGUGAGACUAUUAUUAGUGUUGUGGUUUUUCUUCUACAUUUUUUGUUACAUUUUGUUGUACCCCUGUGUAUUUCAGGCCUCAGAACCAACUAGACCUCAGAACCAGCCACGGUUCUUUUGGCUCUUUCCAUAAACCCUCACCCACCCUCUUUCUUCUUUAAUUUUAAUUUGAAUAUGGAAUGUAAUAUAAGAAUAAUACAUCUCUGUAUACUUACAUUGUAAGCAUGUCCUGUGUAAAACUGCUAAUGUAAUAAUCUAUGAACCUGUAGUCUGUGAGUUUUUUUCUUUCUUUCUUUUUGUAAGUUCUGUGAGGAUUUGAUGUUGAAAUGUUUUGUAUAUAAAGUUAAGAAUAUGUACAUACUUGUGAACCAAAUUGUACAAGAAAGUCUAUAUUUUGGCUAAUAAAUGAACUGCUGCAACUUAAAAAAACAACAACAAAAAAACCAAA